GUAAAGUUGUCAACAUUAUCAAUCAGUCUCUCAGAAGCCACUAGCAAAUAUGGAUGUGAAUGGUCCAAAACGUUGGGAGCCGCACAGGUCACUUGAUCUGAACCCUCGCUCUACUCCUGUAUACAAGAGUCCGCUACAAGAACCAUGUGGUGUGUUUGGUAACAAGGGAACAACAAAGAUGAGUGGCGUGGUCAUCGACAUGGGUACUGGAAUAUGUAAGAUGGGAUUUGCAGGACAGACACGUCCAACCUACAUUGUGCGUAACAUUGUGGGCUGCCAGCCUAAGAGACGAACCACCAUGGAACAGCCCAAAAUGGAAAUGUUUAUAGGUGAGGCAGCCCAUGCUCGUCCAGAGUUAACUUUGAUGCAUCCAGUUCGUAAUGGUAUUGUGGUGGACUGGGAGGCAGCUGAAUUCAUCUGGCGCCACAUCCUGGAGAAUGACCUCAGACUGGACACCCAGGACCAUCCUCUACUAUUCACAGAUCCGCCUUUCAACCCUGUCAGCAACAGGGAGAAGCUUGUGGAAGUAGCCUUCGAGUCUCUGCACUCUCCUGCUAUAUAUGUGGCAUCCCAAUCCGUGCUGUCAGUCUAUGCCAAUGGGCGUGUAAAUGGAUUGGUCGUAGACACUGGUCAUGGAGUCAGCUACACAGUGCCCGUCUUCCAAGGCUACAAUUUACCCAAUGGCAUCCAGCGAAUGGACCUGGCUGGCCACUACUUGACUAAAUUCUUGGCAGAGAAAAUCUUAAGAUCUAGCUUCGCAGUGAAGAAGGAAGACAUGGAUACCAUGGAGAACAUCAAGCAGCAAUAUUGCUAUGUGGCCUUAGAUUUCCAAAAGGAGCAAGGGCGCCCUGAUGAAAAAUUCCGGCGGUGCCUGAAGCUGCCAGAUGGACAGAUGAUCACAGUGGGAAAGGAGCUCUUUCAGUGUCCUGAGUUGCUAUUCCAUCCUCCGGAUACCUCAGGACCUUCAUCUUUGGGCCUCCCCAGCAUGGUGGAACAUAGUCUCUCCACUGUUCCCCAGGAACUGCGGUCAGACAUGGAACAAAAUGUAUUGUUGUGUGGAGGCUCCUCUUUGUUUACUGGUUUUGAAGGUCGCUUCAAAACUGAGCUGCUGAGCCGUCUUGGCCCAGGAGCUCACGUGGUUGUGGUAGCCCAGGCCAAUAGGAACCUCUCAGUGUGGAUUGGGGGGUCUAUUCUGGCCUCGUUGUGUGCCUUCCAGACCCGCUGGGUCCUACGUGAGCAGUAUGAGGAACAUGGUCCAGAUAUAGUGCUCCGCAAGUGCUCAUGAUUCAGUACAGGGUCAGGAGAGGUGUGAGAAUAAAGCUUUCUUAGGGA